GUCACGUUGCGGCACUUGAAGUUUAAUCAUCAAUAGAUUCGUGAAAUCAUAAAGUUCUCAAUGUCUAUCUAGAAGUAGUAGUCAGCGAGAAAUUCUCGACUUCAAUUCGCAGUGCUUUCAGACGAUUUUAAUUCUUAAAUUUAUUUGCAUUGUCCAUUGAAAAACUUACUUGUAGGUAAUCUCAUUUGUAAAUAAUAAAAAUGAAGUACCUGUGCAGUUUGUUCGCGGUAGUAUUCUGUCUCGUGAGUUCACCUAGAUAUAUCAAUAGUGCUAGAAUAUUGGCAGUGGUCCCUUUAGAUUCAAAGAGUCACUUUAUCAUGUUCGAAGCUGUAAUGAAAAGUCUCGCCGAUGCUGGGCACCAAGUUGACGUGUACAGUUAUUUUCCCCAGAAGAGACCAUACCCGAAUUACACGGACAUAACUAUCGGAGAUAUUAAUGAAACCCCAGCUGAAGUAGGUCUGACAUACGACUUAAUCCAUGGUCAGUGGAGUAUGAAAGAUAUCAUGAUUGAACUAGGUGGAAACUUGCCCUGCCAAUCAUUGGGACACCCUCAACUGCAGAAACUGAUAAAAAGUCCACCGACAGAUCCGCCCUAUGAUCUUGUUAUUACGGAGUCAUUCUACGGUAGCUGCUGGUAUGCCUUUGGACGACACUUGAAAGUCCCGUUGGUUACUCUUUCCACCAGAUCAUUACUGACAUUCUGCAACGCGCCGAUCGGAAAUCCUGAGAAUACAGCAUUCGUGUCGGAGAUCGAUGACGGCUCGAUUCUGCACAUGAAUUUCUGGCAGCGUUUUAAGAAUACGCUUGUCACGCUAUGGAGAAACCACGAGUUCAAUUAUGAUACAGCAGAGGUGCAAAGUGACAUCGUAAAGAAGUACUUUGGUCCGCAUAUGCCAGGCGUUAGAGAACUUGAGCAAGACGUGGCUCUAAUUUUGGUCAACGUACAUCACAUAUUGAACGGAAUUCGACCUUCGACCCCAGCUGUAGUUGACAUUGGUGGAAUACAUGUAAAAGAUGACGAUACUGUACUACCCACGGACUUGGGCAAGUGGUUGGAUGAUAGCACAGAUGGUUUUAUCUACUUCACCUUCGGAUCAAUGAUCAAAAUCGAGUCCUUUCCCAAGACUACGCUUGCAGAGCUGUACGCAGGCCUGGCCGAAAUAGCGCCUAUUCGCGUGUUGAUGAAAAUAAUUGCACCUGAAGAGCUGCCACCUAAUCUACCGGAUAAUGUGCUGAUCAUGAAAUGGAUUCCGCAGAUUAAAGUAUUAAAACACAAAAAUAUAAGGGCAUUUGUUACGCACGGUGGUGCGUUGAGUAUCCAGGAAACUCUGACCUUUGCAGUUCCGGUUAUCGGCAUCCCGAUUUUUGCGGACCAGCCAGCUAAUAUAAGAAAUUGCGUGGAACGUAAAAUCGCUGUAAUGUUAGAUUACAAGAGUUUUACGGCAGAAAAGUUUGUCGAGGCUGUAAAUGCCACGGUCUACAACCCACAGUACAAACAGAACAUGGUUGCUUUAUCCAAGAAGUUUUUGGAUCGACCGUUAAGCCUCCAGGACACUGCAGUUUACUGGAUCGAGUACAUCCUCAAACACGGUGAAGACUCAUUGCGAUCGCCAGCGUUAAAAUUGACGUGGUGGCAGGUGGCCUUGCUGGACGUUUACGGAUGCAUUCUCACAGCAUUUUUAAUAGUGCUGUACUUAGCUAAACUAAUUCUCUUGACGGUUUUACGCCACAUUGUUUAUGCAGAAAAAAAAUUUCCAACGCCGAAGAAGACGAACUAA